UCAAGUGUGCACAGUCACAGCAAACCUCCCUGUGACCAUGGCAAGUGCGGGUACGGAUAGUCAGCCACAAAGUCCAGAGACUGAGCUGGUGGUGGCUUCUGUAAUCUUCGGUGUUUGUUUUCUGGUUGGCGCUCCUGGGAAUCUGUUUGUGAUCUGGACCAUCCUGAAGCAUGUCAAGCAGCGCUCUCACACGGUCAUUCUCAUCCUCCAUCUGGCCGUUGCGGAUCUCAUGGUGCUCAUCACCCUGCCCCUGUGGAUCUACUCCUUCGCCCACUCCUGGAUCUUUGGGCUGGUCACAUGUAAGGCUGUGGUCUAUCUUGUCAAUGCUUGCAUGUACAGCAGUGUGUUUUUCAUUACUAUUAUGAGUGUGGAGCGCUUUUUGGCUGUUCGUUACCCCUUUGCCUCAGCUGGCUGGAGAAGAAAACAAGCACUUCAUAAGCUACUGUUUGGUGUCUGGGGAAUGGCCUUUCUCUUCAGCAUCCCGGUGAUUCUCACGCAAACCCUGGGUGAUCAAACAGACCAAUGUGUAUAUAAGGUGUACAAGUCUGAGACUGAAGAAAUUAUAUUUGUGAUGCUGGAGACCAUUGUGGGCUUCGUCGCUCCACUUACCAUUUUGGUGGUUUGUUAUGGCUGUCUGUAUAGCCGCAUCGCGCAGAUGAACUUCAAAUCCAAGCGCAAGUCAACAGGUCUCAUUGCAGCGGUUGUUGUCACGUUUGUCAUCUGUUGGACCCCUCAUCACAUCGGAAAUAUCCUCUCCCUGAUUUACAUUGGCAUUGUAGCAUCUCAUGAAGAGGCGGCCGACCGUUUGGAUGAGGUUAGACGUACCAUGAUGUAUUUUGCGGCGGCCUUGGCGUUUAUCAGCAGCACUAUUAACCCAGUGCUAUAUGUCUUUGCUGCGCGGUCAUUUCGAAGUUCACUGCGCGACACGGGGAUACAGAAGCUUUUCCGCCAGAUCUCCAACACAGCUACUGGUGAGGGGAAUAAUGACUUACAUUUGACAUCUAAGAGGAAGAGCUCUCACACUCAGUCUUCACAGUGUUAUACAGAAUCAAAAGCUCACAUAGACCUCCCGGACAUCUGUGACCAUCCCUCAACUUAAUGACAUUUUACUGCUGUGCAUUUGUUAAAAGAUUUUAUUGACAAUAUGUAACAUUUAUGCAUAAAAGAGUAUCAUAUAUAUGCUGUAAUGGAACUGAUUAUGAUGCAUUUUCAAUGAAAUUUGGAAAAUAAUGUAUUACAUUUUUGUCUGUUCUGUAUUUUUACAUUCCAAUGUUUUAUAACUCAUUACAAGAAAAAGAGAAGUACACAGGUGUAUAAAUUAUCUAAAUAAUAAAAUGCAUUUU